CUAAAACAUUCAGUCAGCUGGUUUUUUCCAACAAAAGUGGAUUAAAUCAAGAAAAAAUUGUUUGCGAAAAUUAAAUUAAUGCCAUAGAAAAUGUCAAGCGUUAAUGAUUCGCGACCAUAUUGGUCGGACGAGGUGAUUAAUUUUGUUAUUACAACAAUUCGAAAUACACCAUACAUGUGGGACAAAACCCACAAAGAUUAUAGUAUUCGAUAUUUAAAACAUAACUUUUGGAAGAAUUUAAAAUGGACGCUGGAAAAACGGUUCAAGUUUCGAGCUUAUACAAAUGAAUUGGCAAGAAAAUGGCUUAAUCUUGCGUCCUAUUACCGUCUGCAACAAAAGGCAAUUUUCGAUGCAAAUGCCCGUGGAGCACAGCCCGAGGAAAUAAAACGAUUGGAAGGCUGGAAAUUCUUGAAACAGCUUAAAUUUCUUCCAUUUGCUCACGACAAUAAGAAUGUGUCGGAAACGGAAAAUCUAUACGACAGUGCUCACUCCAACGACUCGGACGUUAAUAGCACAACGCCUGUUGAUGAUGGUGAUGAACAGAAACCAACAUCCCGCGAUAAUGAUUCUAGCAAUCCUUUGCAGCAGUGCUCGGAUCGAGCUAAGAUUAGGACAAGAAAAUUAGAGAUUGAGGAGUUUAAUGUGCCCAUGGAGGAUAAUGAUGCCGAAAUUGAAGACAUAACUCCAAUGAGUGUGGAACCCAUGAUAGAUGAGAUACAAAGUACGCCUAGUUUCCACUAUGGAAUGGCAAUUGCCCAAGAUGUUUUUGAACUUGACGGCAAUUUAAAAAUUGAUGCAAAAAUGGAAAUAAUGCAAGUGAUUGUUAAAUACCAAAAACAACAACUUCAUCGAACUGUCAUGAGUCUGGCUAGCAGUUAAGGAUUAAUUUAUUAGCGAAUAUUUAUUUAAUUUCAAUUGUAUGUAUACUGUGUGUGUGUGCGUAUAUGUGUAUUAUGCACAUACAAAUGCAAUCAGCGCUGCCAACGUUUUGAAUGUAAAAAAGAUUGCGCGCAAUUUUAAAUCUAGCAAUAAAUUGAUUAAGAACGCAAGAAAAGCAAUUGUGACAAAUCCGAUGGACAUUUGGAAUUUAAUAAAAAUAAAGGUUAAUAAUGUUCUA